UACAUGUGUGGUGUUCCUCUGCACAUACAGGACUGCGACGUCUGCGCUAAACACUGUGGUGUCUAAGCAAAAAGUUCUGCCACGAUGAACUGAGAUAGAAUAUGGCCUACUGACAACAACAUGGGGUCACAGGACAGAAGAAGAAUGUGGAAAAGAAGUGGGAAUCAUACACACUGGUUUAUUCUUGCUUAUCUUCUCCUCCUGGCUGUACCAUGCAUGGGCUUCCUCCCAGACUUUUGGUCUCGAGUGUUAACGUUGUCCUGGGACUCGCACACACACCAGUACAUCACAGAGCAAUCUAUUCUCAAUGUCACGCUGGAGACUCUGAGGGACACCAAAAAACACCAAAGACACCAUGCAGAGGAACAGACCAGACUCGGCCGCGGCUUCUGGAGAGCCGUGGGUGAGGUGGUGAAGUCCAAUGCAGCCAUGGACUUCCUGAGCUCCACCAGGUCUGACCCGGUGUACCACUUUGAUUCAGAGCGCGUGGACAGCGCUAUGGCGAUGUUACGGCAGUUCUGGGCUCAGACUCUGCUCUCAGUUCGGGCCAAAGAGUACCAAAGUGCUCGUCACAGCUUGGGCCAACUGUUUCACUCCUUGCAGGACUUCUACAGCCACAGUAACUGGGUUGAACUGGGCCAGCGCUCCAUUUACCUCCACCUGCUGCAGCCAGAGGAGCCUGCCAUCCCUGUGGCUGAAGAGGGCACUCCCACCUGUAUGGAAUGCUUCAGCCGUACCUGUCGAGGCAACCUACUGCCAAGACUGACAAACACACAGCAAGACUCCCGCCUGCUCACCACUGGCUACUUCAGCACCUCACCUCCAAAACCCGAGGGCAAAUGUAGUCAUGGGGGUAUUCUGGAUAGUAGCCGCAAUAUGGGGGCCAAAGGGGGCAUCAACAAGGACAGCACCUCACCUUUCUUCUCCCCUCACCAUUACCUCCAUGUGGAAGCAGCCACUUUGGCUACUGAGGCCACCCUGAGUGUACUGCGAGACCUCAGGGACACUGUGGGCCACAAAACCUUCCUCAGGCUCUUCAGCGUGAAGCAGGUCCCUGCAUUGGUGUUUGUCAUGGACACCACAGGCAGCAUGUUUGAGGAGAUCACUGCCGCUCGCCUCCGCGCCCACUCCAUCAUCCAGAGCCGAGCCAGCAGCCCUGGGCAGCCUGGCAUCUAUCUGCUUGUGCCCUUCCAUGACCCAGAGGUGGGGCCAGUGCAUGAGACAGAUGACCCAAAUGAGUUUAUGCAGCAUAUGGAGAACCUGAUGGCGCUGGGAGGAGGAGACGAGCCAGAAAUGUGCUUCUCUGCCAUUCAGCUGGCACUCACUCACAGUCCACCGCUGUCAGACAUCUUUGUAUUCACUGAUGCUUCCCCUAAAGACGCCCACCUGUUUGAUGCGGUGAAGGCUCUCGCACUUGAGAAACAGAGCAAGGUGACGUUUCUCCUAACUGAAGACCCCAACUACACAACAGAGAGCAGAGGGAGGAGGAGGAGAAGGACGAGGAGUAGGGAGGAGCUGUCCCCUGAUCGUUUCUCUCUCUACUCUUCCCUGUCCACCUUGUCAGGGGGACUGACAAUAUUCACCACCAACUCUGACAUCCAUGAUGUCUCUACCAUAGUGGACGACAACACAGCCGCUGACAAGGUGACCCUCCUCCAUGUGCAAAGUGACCAAGAGUUGAUGUCCUCCCAUUCCUUCAGAGUCGACAGCUCAGUCAAAAAUGUCACACUACACGUCACUGGCAACCUGAUAGAGUGUACCCUUACCAGUCCAUCAGACCAAAGCCAGUCUCUGUUGAGUGAACAGGGCCCUCUGGCAGAGUUGGAGCACUUCGUGGGUCUGUACCGCAUCAGCCUGCUCUCUCCUGUACAGCCAGGCCAGUGGAAACUCCAAGCCAAGCGUGACGGAAACCUCACAUUCAAUGUAAUAGGUGACAGCAGCGUGGAUUUCCUGUAUUACUUUGCCACUGUAACCAAUGAGACACAUCCAGGUCUGGCCAGGGUGGAGGGUAGUCCAGUAGCAGGUGUCCCUGCCUUUCUGGUGCUGGCUGUGACAGGUCUGGCUCCAGAUGAGGAAGCGUCUUUCAGUCACGUGAUGCUGCUGGGAGCUGAUGGCCAGAGCCUCCAGCAGGUGAAGCUGAACUCCUCCUCGUCUUCAUCGUCCUCCUCUGUGGAGGAGCUGGUAGGACGGGUGGACUCCGUUCCAAGAGUCCCGUUCUGUGUUCGACUGACAGGCCGAGACAGCAGAGGAAACAAGCUGGAGAGGGUUUCCACAGAGAUGGUUCAGCCCACUCACGUUCAGAUACAGGUGUCGACUGUCCCCCGCCUGGUACCUGGUCACAGCACAAUGGUGGGCUUUGACAUCCUGAACCAUGGCCCGGCCCGACUCUUCAGUCUGUCAGCUGAUGAUGACUGUGGUUAUCUUCAGAAGAGAGGACCUCACAGGUUCCAUGUUGCAGAGCAUGGAUCUUUCCGUGGUCAGGUGGACCUCCACACUCCUGCCACAGCUCGGACAGGAGCCACUGUCACCCUUACGCUCACUGUGCGUGCUCUUGACUCUCCAGACUCAAAUUAUGCAGUGGCCUACUUGACGGUGGUCCCCCCGGAUCCUGACACGUCCCCACCGUCCUGCUCCACUGCACGAGUACAGUCCACCUGUUCUUCCAUUUGCAAUGAGUCCAGCUGGAGUGUGUCUCUGGUAGUGUCAGACAGGGGGCGCUCUGGUCUCGCUGCCCUCCACCUACAAAAGGGUGAAGGUGUUCUAACUUUAUUCCAUAGCCCCCCACCCACAGAAGACAGCCUGGUUAAGGCCCAGCCCAGCAGUGACCAACAACAGGCCCACAGGGACGAGACAGCCAGUGAAGGCCACCACCAUCACCAUCACCAUCACCACCCCAAAGCCAGAUUAGAGAAAGGGGACCCCCCUUUGAAUGUAUCUGAAUGGGUCAUGGGCUCAUCUCAGCCACUGUGGGUGAGGUACACGUCCAGCUGCUGCUCUGCUCAGGCAGAGCUGCUGGUGUGGGACACAGCUGGAAACAUGAAGCGCUGCCAUCUAACAUCUGGCCAGCAAAGGCAGCUAAGUGACAGGAGUACAGAAACCAGUGGUGCUGGACGGAUCACACUCACAACAGGCAUCUUCUUAUCAACAUGGGGUCUGCUGUGGUCUUCUCUGCUAUAGGUCAACGUGAUUACAAAUGUUUUGCAGGUCAAACAAAUUUAUGUGUUGAUCACUGGAUUCCAGCAGCCCUAGAGUUGCACAAAAAGGAACAAAAAAAAAAAAAGAAUUCUUCUAUUUUGGAAGACAGUGACUGAAAAACCAAAUGCAGCAUGAAAUAAAUGCACUUCAUGCAAAGAAACAUGUCUUUCUGAAAUGCUGGUAAUGUGCUUGCUAAUGUACUUUUGCGAAGACAGUGCACAGACGGAAUAAAG